AUGAAAUCAAUACUCUACGACGUGCACAGCCAAACGAGGGUUUGUUAUGGCAAUCAAAUAAAUUUUAAGACUCGAGCGAGUCCUCUUGUUAACUACUUCAUAUUAUAUUAUAUUAGAGUCUGUAAAAGAUGAGCGAAGCGGUCGGUGAUAGCGGCAGAUACUCAAAGCUCGGCAAACAGAAACGUCGCAAAAGUGACUUCCACGCUAGCACCAAUGGAUUUUCAAAUUUGUCUCCACCCCAAGACACCUACAACUCUAUUUACGCCGCUUUUAUUUUGGGAGGAGCUGGUUUUUUGCUUCCAUAUAACAGUUUUAUCAUGGCGAUGGAUUAUUUUAAAGUGAGAUAUCCAGGAACACCUGUUGUUUUUGAUAUGUCGUUAGUGUAUAUAGUUGUUGCCUUUAUUACAGUUCUGGGAAACAAUCUUCUUGUUGAGACUUUUACUCUUAGUGCCAGGAUUAAUUUCGGAUAUUUUAUUUCUUUCGUUACACUGAUAUUUGUGAUUACGUGUGAGCUUUGGUGGGAGGUGUUUGGAGAGUUGACUUCUUACACGGUUAAUUUGGGAGCGGUAGCUGUGGUCGCCGUGGGAUGUACAGUUCAACAGUCCAGCUUCUAUGGUUACACCAGUAUGUUACCGUCGAGGUACACCCAAGCAGUGAUGGUCGGAGAAAGCGCUUCAGGUGUUUUCAUGUCUUUGGUGAGGGUGCUUACAAGAUUAUUGGUUUCUGAAAUACGGGGCAGCACGUUUUAUUUCUUCCAAGUAUCCGCAUCGGCAGUAGCGACGUGCUUUGCCAUGUACCAUCUUAUCCGAAGAACGGAUUUUAUUCAGUUUUACAUAGCCCUCUCGGACAGAGCUAAAACGCGGAUUACGUUAGAGCCAACGGAGGAUGCUGGACUUAUCGAAACCACAGACUCUCGGUACGGUGUUUUGAAAAUACAGAGUAGUCCACCUCCAACAGGUACAGCCCUGAGCUUUACCAAUCCGGUAUAUGAACCAAGUGCUCCUGCGCCAACGUACAAAGUCGAGGAUGUCGUAAUCAGAGGUCGCACCAGCACUAGUGCCCGAGGAGGUGUUUCCGGCAUAAGGAGAGGCAUUCAAUCACGAUGGGAAAUAACUAAGGCGAUUUAUCCGUACAUGAUCUCGAUAUGUCUGGCGUACUUUACGACACUCUGCAUGUAUCCUGGUGUAGUAUCGGAAAUUACCAGUUGCAAUUUGGGGUCGUGGAUGCCAGUGUUAAUGAUGUCGAUGUUUAACGGCGCAGAUUUGUUUGGUAAAAUGAUCUCGUCCUCCUCGUCGUAUUGGACCGGCUGGAGAUUGGUGCGCUUCUGCGUCAUUAGGCUAUUCCUAAUACCGUUAAUCUUAAUGUGCGCCAUGCCGCGAGCAUCACCUCUGCUUUCCGAAGAGAUUUUUCCAUUUUUUUUCGUAUUAGUGCUCGGCUUAACGAACGGAGUCUUCGGAAGUGUACCGAUCAUUCAAGCGCCGAGCAAAGUGGAAGACUAUCAUCGCGAACUCACCGGCAACAUGAUGACAUUAUCCUACAAUUUUGGGUUGACCACGGGUUCCUUGAUGGCGUAUUUUUUGGAAUCGUUAGUAUCAAACGCCGAUCCAGUCUGUAAUUACAUCCAUGACAAGCUUCCAAAUUCGUUACAAAAUAUUUCGGUUAAUUUCAGCACCAUAUCAAGUAGCACAACUUUGGAUAUAACCACAAUCGCUUCUGUGACUAGUACAAUUAUGGAAAAUGUUUAUAAUUCCACCGACGAGAAUGUUUAAUAAUUUUCUACUCCAUUUUCCGUUUGUUGUUUUAGAUAUUGCAAAUGUUUAAUUGUGUAAAAUAAAAAAUACG